AUCAAAAGCAUCAUUCCACACAUGAUUCUAAAGAUAUUAAUCGAGAUUCUGAACAAAAGAUUACUUCUAAAAAGUCGAUAACAAAGAAACCGUCAAAAUCAGGCGAUAAUGAAUCAGAUGGUUACGGUACUCAAGAUACUGAUGAUAAGUUGUACGGAAACAUUCGUCGAAAAAAUAUCAAACAGGGUACCAAACCUGGUAAACGAGUUGAAAGACCGAAAAUUAGUGAUUGGGACUAUUCAUCAUCUGAGUCAUCACUAGAAGAUACGAAAAAAUCAUCGUCAACUGUUAGAAAUCCGUCACCUUUUAAAGAUGAAAAAUUGAAUAUAGAUAAUACAGAUAAAAACAAUGACAUUGGGCUACAAUCAAUACAUAAAAAAGAUCAACAAAAGUUAAGUGUAUCAAGUGUAUCUGAAACUAGUAAAAAGGUGCAUAAUAAAUCUAGUGCUUCAAGCGCAUCUGAAACGGCCAAAAAAAUUAAAAGUAGUAGCUAUACCUUCAACAAUCCCACAUUAAAACAUCGUGAAUUAAAGAAUCGAAUUUUUGUCGCUACGCCUUCGGGAUCAAGUACAAAAAUUAAAUCUAGUCGCAGGCAAAAAAACAAUUUGGUCUCAAAUACACAAGGUUCAAAAUCCAAAAACAUAUUAAUAUCUAAUUCAAAAACAUUUAAUGCGCAAGAGACAUCAAGUUCUAUCAGGAAUCAAUAUGUAGAUGAUACAACUAGUGAUAGUACAAAACAAACAAGUGGAUCAAAUUCAAACAGCGAAGGACAAACGGAAGAUUGUGAUUCGUUUUUCAACUCAGAAUGGGUUGAGAGACCGUACCUUACUCCGGAAGAUGGUAUUACUGAUGCAUUUGAUUUAGACAUGAUCAAACUUUAUCUCACUUUACAGCAGAAUAACCAACUGGAUAGUGAUGGUGAACCGAUAGAUUGGGUAGAAAAAGAGGAAUAUACUGUCAGAGUGGGUG